ACCCCCGCCGCCAUGUCGCCCAACCCGGACACGGCGGCGGAGGAGCUGCCCUUUGUGCCGGGCCAGAUCAUCAAGGUAUUUGGAGACAAGGACUCGGACGGCUUUUAUCGCGGCGAAUCGGGCGGCCUGUCGGGUUACGUCGCCAGUAACCUGGUGGCCGAAGUCCCCGUGGACGACCACUACCUCAAGCACUUGCUCAUGCGGCAAGGUUUCAUCCCCGUCGACCAAACAGGAAUGUCUUGGAGUAUCGACACGAGCGAUGACUCCAGUGUUCCCGAAGACGCCAUCGUACGUCGCAUGGUGGCCUUGUUCGACUACGACCCGUGGGAAAGUUCGCCCAACGUCGACAGCGAUGCCGAACUGGGCUUUCGUUCGGGUGACAUCAUCUACGUGCUCGGCGACAUGGAUCCCGACGGCUUCUACUAUGGCGAUCUGCAAGGACGGCGGGGCUUGGUGCCGUCCAACUUUCUUCAGCCGCUACCGUGGGAUUAGAAUAGGAAUUGUCCUCCUGUGCUAUGUCGGCGUCCAAUCAAGAGACCACAGCCAAAUGAUGCCUUUCUCUGAUAUGUUGGAGUAAAAGGACAAAAAAUGUCCUUUUUUUUUUUUUUUUUAGUCUCUCAAUUUUUUUCCAAAACUGUAUUAUAUCAUAAGUAAUAUGAGCAAAAUAUUCAAUUAUUUGGCUAGCCUUAAGGUUGGCGGUCGGGUGUGGUGUUGGGAUUUCUGUUUUUUUUUGCUAAUACAUA